CACAAAUUUUCCCUCCACACUCCAUCACUUCACACACACAACACAUCACUUCACACACACAACACACAACACACACUUAAAGCAAGAAUCUUCUUAUACUUAAUCUUCUUCAUCUUCUUGCAUGAUUCAUUCUCAAUCAUCAAGAAUGCCUCCAUCACCUUCCCUCUCCCCAUUCCUUCCCCUUUUCCUCCUCUUCUCAAUUCUCCAAUCCACACCCCUUUUUUCUCUUGCUCUAAACCAAGAGGGCCUCCUCCUCCUCCGAGCCAACCUCCCCAUCCCCGGCUGGUCCGCCGCCGCCGCCACCCCCUGCAACUGGACCGGCGUCGCCUGCAACGGCCUCGGCUCCGUCGCCGCCCUCUCCCUCUCCGGCGCCUCCCUCUCCGGCGACUUCCCCAUCUCCCUCUGCGACCUCCCUUCCCUCUCCAACCUCUCCCUCUCCAACAACUCCAUCAACUCCUCCCUCCCCGCCGCCGUCUCCGCCUGCCGGAAUCUCGUCAGCCUCGACCUCUCCCAGAAUCUCCUCGUGGGCCCCAUCCCCUCCUCCCUCUCCGACCUCCCCUUCCUCAGGUACCUUAAUUUAGAGGGAAACAGCUUCUCCGGCCAAAUUCCCCCCUCUUUCGGCACUUUCCGGCAGCUCGAAACCCUAAUCCUCACCGAGAAUCUCCUUACCGGCCCGAUUCCGGCGGGUCUCGGCAACAUCACCACCCUCAAAAGGCUACUCCUCGCCUACAAUCACUUCUCACCUAGCCCCAUUCCACCGGAGCUAGGCAGCCUCAUUAACUUAGAGGAGCUCUGGAUAAGCGACUCCGGCCUCACUGGCCCGUUCCCACCGAGCCUCGGCCGGCUCAAGCGCCUCAGGAACCUCGACCUCUCGGAUAACCUCCUCUCCGGGCCUCUCCCGAGCCAGAUCACGGAGCUCACCAGCAUAGAGCAGAUGGAGCUCUUCAACAACUCUUUCAGUGGCUCAUUGCCUCAGCUUGGAUGGUCUCAUUUGGCUAAUUUGAGGAGAUUUGAUGCUUCCAUGAAUAUGUUGAGUGGGAUCAUCCCAGCCGAGCUCUGUGCCUUGCCUCUCGAGUCGUUGAACCUGUACGAGAACAAGCUCGGGGGGCUGAUCCCCGAGAGCAUUGCCUUAUCCGAGAAUCUCGUUGAGCUUAAGCUGUUUGCGAAUCCCCUGAGCGGCUUGCUUCCGAGGGAUCUUGGCAAGAACUCGGCCUUGCAGAUUUUAGACGUGUCGUAUUGCAAUCUCACCGGUGGGAUCCCGGAGUUCUUGUGCUCGAAUAAUGCUCUCGAGGCGUUGAUAUUGAUAUACAAUGAUUUCUCGGGGAGCAUUCCCGCGAGUGUUGCCAAAUGCAGGACGCUGCAGAGGGUUAGGAUGCGUGGGAACCGGUUGUCCGGGGAGGUUCCGGAUGAGUUUUGGGGGCUGCCUAAUGCCUACUUGCUCGAGCUCCACGGGAACUUGUUCUCGGGGGGUGUCUCUCCGCUGAUUGCAGGGGCUACGAACCUGUCCACGCUGUCGAUCUCGAGCAAUAAUUUCUCGGGGAGCCUGCCUCGUGAGAUUGGAUCGUUGGAGGCCUUGAUUGAGUUGUCUGCGCGUGAUAACGCGUUCAGUGGCGAAAUCCCGAGCUCCAUUGUGAAUCUGAAGCAGCUAGGGAGGCUUGAUCUAAGCAACAAUGAUUUAUCUGGUGGAAUUCCUAUUGGAAUUCAUGAAUUAGCACAGUUGAAUGAGCUUAAUUUGGCUCAAAAUAGGCUCUCUGGUCCAAUCCCUGAUGAGAUUGGGGACUUGCCUGUGUUGAACUAUCUUGAUCUUUCUGGUAACAGAUUUUCCGGGGAGAUUCCGGCUUCGUUGCAGAAUUUGAGGCUCAAUAAGCUGAAUUUAUCGAGCAAUCUGCUCACCGGGAUCACCCCUCCCGUGUUUGCUAGCGAUGCUUACAGUGAUAGCUUUCUUGGCAACCCGGGGCUCUGUGUUCGCGCCUCUGGUUCGUGUAGCUGGGGAGGGAGUGGGCGUGGUCGAGUCUUUAAGUGGGUAUUGAGGUCUAUCUUCGCUGCAGCUGCGCUGGUCUUCCUCGUUGGCGUUGUCUGCUUCGUGAUCAAGUACAGGAAGCUCGGGCGGAUGAAGAGGAAUCGAGGCGCUGUGACCAAGUGGACGUCGUUUUACAAGCUCGGGUUCAGCGAGAGUGAGAUCAGCGACUGCUUGAAGGAGGCGAACGUGAUUGGGAGGGGCGCCUCAGGGAAGGUCUACCAGGCCGUGCUGAGCAAUGGGGAGACGGUCGCUGUGAAGAAGCUGCACGACCGGGCUAUUAGAGACGCGAGCAGCAACGCCACCAUCAGCAGCCUUGAUUCGGACGGGGACGGGUUUGAGACCGAGGUGGAGACGCUGGGGAGGAUCAGGCACAAGAAUAUCGUCCGGUUGUGGUGCUGCUGUAGCGCGGGGAGAUGCAAGCUCUUGGUGUACGAGUACCUCCCCAACGGGAGCCUAGGCGACGCGCUGCACAAGGGCGCGAAGAGGAUAUUGGACUGGCCAACGAGGUUCAAGAUCGCGCUGGAUGCUGCCGAGGGGCUCUCGUACUUGCACCACGACUCUGUCCCUCCGGUCGUGCACAGGGACGUGAAGUCGAACAACAUAUUGCUCGAUGGAGACUUCGGUGCUAAGAUUGCGGAUUUUGGCGUUGCAAAAGUGGUUAAGAAGACCGCCAACAACGGCCUCGAGUCCAUGUCCGUUAUUGCUGGUUCGUACGGCUACAUUGCGCCCGAAUACGCGUACACGCUACGUGUGAACGAGAAGAGCGACAUAUACAGCUUUGGAGUCGUGCUGCUCGAGCUAGUGACGGGGAGGCCGCCAAUUGAUCCCGAAUUCGGGGAGAAGGACUUGGCCGCGUGGUUGCGGUCCACACUGGAGUCGCACGGGACUAGCGACGUGGUGGACCCGAAGCUCGGCUUGGAGAAGUUCGAGGAGCACGUUGGCCGGCUCCUCGACAUCGGGCUGCUGUGCACUAGCAACCUCCCCAACACUCGGCCUUCCAUGCGUAGGGUUGUGAAUAUGCUGCAGGAAUUAAUUGCUUUGAUACCUAAAUCUCAAGAAAAGAAGCCCAUGAAUACCAUUUGAAUUUAGUCUAAUUUUAGAUAGAAAAAAUGAUAUGGAUUAUACUAUCAACUUGUGGUUGUUGGUGGGGUUUUUAUUUAAUUCAUCUGAAAUUAACUAGUAAAGUGAUGAAUCACAAGAUUUAAAUAUACUUAUGCAACAUUGUUCUCUAGAAUAUGAGAUAUGAUAUCAUUUAAUUAGAUGUCACAAUUUGGAUUUCA